AUGCACACCAUUAAACCAAAGAAGAAGAAGAAGAUCGAGCUCAGGGCCGGAAGUUGGAGUAAAGGCGGGCAUUUCUAGUGAAGCGGACACAUAGCCGUUGUUGUUGUUAUUGUUAUUGUUGUGAUGCCGCCAUCGAAACACCACUUUUGUCUGUGAAGACUUUGAACAAACGCACGCAUGCCGGACACGCCUUUACUUCUCGACAAUGCACGACGUACGUACAGUCUCGUGUUGGCGUUCAACACACGAACAAAUGGCAGCCGGCAGCUAGCUCACGUCGUGUUAGCUUUGUGACAAAGUGGCUCAAAUGGAGAGUAAUCAUCCAACUUUGAAGAGACCGAAGAGGAAGCUGCACUUCUUGACGAGCACACACAAUCCACUUAAAACAAAAUGGACGGGCGACCUGUCAUUAGAAGACGUCGACAGGAUGUUUGAUGACUUGGAGCCUGACUCUAGCGUUGAGUUACCUUCCACAUCCUCAAUGCUGGAGGAUAGCGAGGAAAGCCAGAAAUCCGUAAGAGCUUCACCAAUCUCACUGCGUCUGACACCAAGAACUGCUAAAUGUCAAAAUCUUCCAAAAAAGGCUCAGUUCCGUCUUUCAGCACCGUCAUCAAGUCCCCAGUUACGCCCCCAUGCAGACACUCCUUUUCAAGGACAUGGGCCGGUGACGACUUCCAGUCCCAUCAAAGAGGGCAGGGAUUUACCGCAGACGGACAGCAAAGCCAAAGACCGAGCAAUGUCGCCGAUCCUCUUUGACAACCGAGAAGAAGCGGGGAGGACACAGCCUUCAUCCUCCAUUCAACAUGGUGACUCUGACUUGGAGUCGCCACCCAGCCAGAUCUUCCUCAGCAAGCGCAUAGCCCCUCUCCAGAACAGAGCGGCACGAAUCAAGUCAGGGCACAAGGAGCCCCAAGCGUCCUGUUCUGAGAGGGAGUCCACGGCCAAGAUGUCGGGCGAUGCAAGAAAAGAUAUGUUGGCGUUUCUGCAGAAGCUUCGAGCUGCCGGGCAGCCCAAAGCCUCAGCGGUCAGGAAGUCCCUGACACCAGUCAAACAUGUAUCUUCUGAGAGUGAGGACGAGUUCCUCAUUGUGGAGGAGGAAGUGCCCUUCUCCUUUUCUAAGAGGAGCAGGAAGUCCAAAAGCGAUAAAGACGGCUCGACAGACAAAGGGUCAAAGGACGACGCCGCAAAACAGCCACAGGCAGAUGUGGCCGGCAGGACUCCUCUCAAAGAUCAGACUGUUAAGCAGAAAGCGUCAAAGAAAAGGAGGGAGAAUAAGAAGAAAGCAGCAGAGACCAAAGGUGACCAGGCUUUAAGUCCUGAUGACCUUGCAGAUGCUGAGCGUGAGCCUCGUAAAAUCAAGGGGAAAAAAGCGCCUCCACGGGAGAAAGUGCUGCCUGAUGCCGCAGAGGAACAACUUGAAGAGACCCCCAGCAGACCAAUAUACAAGGAGAAAGGCCAGAAGUUGUCUGGAAUCAGGAGGUUCAAGUUCAUUAAAGACAAAACCAAGACCAGCGGGAAGGCAUCAGAAGCAAAGAACCGUCAGAAGUCGAGCAGCAAGGAACAUGCAGACCUGAGUUCUCCUUCAGACUUGAAGAAACUCAACGUAGAUUUAGCAGAUGGAAAGCCGGAGCAAAACGAAUCCUUCAGUUUCGGUGCCAGUUCCUCCGAGGAAAAGCAGGUGGUGGGGAAGAGGAAAAGAAAUCCACCCGGUGAGUGGUGGGUGAGUUCCCCUCAGAACACCGAGCAGCCCGAGCUGAGAGACCGGCCGCCUGGCGUCAAGAAGUCCAAACAGAUGGAACCCAGCACAGCUUCCCCUGUCAAGGCCCAGAAAGAGCGCAUCCUCAAAAGAAAAACCAAGGAGUCUAAGAAGACCAAGGAAGCAAAAGUCAAGAUAACGAAAAGAUCUGGAGGAGGUGAGACUGACAACAGAGAGGAUGCAGAGCUGAGGAGCCCUCAGGAGAAACAGGAAAUACUGCAGCAGGACUUGGAGCCUCAGUUGUCCAGUCCUCUGGAAUUCAACCCCUCAGAGCACCAACUUUUCCAGCGAGUCUAUCAGAAACCGAGCAAGAAGGAAGAGUCCCGCAGCCUCGGAGGACCUUUGGAGCAGCUGAGUAGAGCACAAGUAGACAAACGCAGAAGGAAGCCACCAGGUGAGUGGUGGAAGUCCACCAACACACUUGAGGACAUCGAGGCCUUGCCGCCUGAGCCUCAACACCCAGGUCUCAAGAUGUCCCGGGCUCGUAAGACCAAGAAAACCAGGUCCAAUCAAAGCGGAACUCCUGCAGCAGGGGGCGCUCCUGUAUCUCCACCCGACAACAGGGUGCUGAGGGUCUCAGAGACAGCAGGGGGCACUCCUGUAUCUCCACCCAACAACAGGGUGCUGAGCGUCUCAAAGACAGCAGGGGGCACUCCUGUAUCUCCACCCAACAACAGGGUGCUGAGGGUCUCAAAGACAGCAGGGGGUGCUCUUGUAUCGCCGCCCAACAACAGGGUGCAGAGGGUGCCAAAGAGCAUCAAAUCCUCCUUGGGCACUUUUAAGGAUAUUUUCUCCUCAUGUACAAAGUCCCCCGCCGUACUCUGCUAUGACGACACGGAGCAGGAUAAUGAAGUCCAGUCAACGCCCACAAACGCCCACCAGGCAACAUUCAGUAUAGAGGAGGACCAAUUAAACCAUGAGAGCCUGCUGGACUCCGAGAACAGAUUGGGUGUGUUCAGAAGCGGGCCGUCGUCCCUAAUUCAUCAGGAGAUGCCCAACAACAUGGGCCCUUUAUCGUCCAGUCCCGUGGCUGCUGAGCUGUCGGUGCGCGACCUGUGCACUCCUCCUCUCAAACCUACCGUCCUGGAGGCCAAUGACCGCGCCCUCAUCACCGAGUGGCUCAGGACUCUGUGGCCCACCACCUUCGGAGGAAACGAGGGAAACGGUGUUUGCAAGUUCCUCCCCGACCACUUUGAUUGGUAUAACCAUCGCGACAGACUCAUAGGCGUCAUGGAGGACCUGCACUGCGGGAACAUCUCUAACGGGAAGAUGCUGCUGGGCUCCUUCAUGAAGAAACCUCUGUGGGUGGACCACAGCGCCACCAUGGUUUUCAACCUGCUCACGAGCACCGUCAAAGUCUCCAUCAACUGCCAGGAGUCCUGUUUCCACGCGGGGCAGUCCUUCAUGGUGCCAUGUGGCCACGCCUACAGCCUCCACAACCUGGUGGCCAUGCCUGCAGUUCUCACCUUCACCAGAAUGGUGGCAGAGAGUCCAGACUGAGGAGUGUGUAUUAUUUUUUGAUACUUAAAAACUCUUUUCGGAGCUCAUGUGAAUAUUUUUUAUGAAAUGAUAGUAAUAAAAUGUGUU